CUCAGUUGGAGACGUACACUAAAUAGCCGAUUGGUUCAGGAUGAACAUGAAAGAGUGGUCCUUUGUUUUAUUUGUCUUCACUAUUCUUGAUUACAGAAGCGGAGCGGAAGGUCGUUUUGAGAUCAGAUCAUUACACAGCGGAACGCCUAAACCGAUCAACGCCUUUAUAACUGGACCGUCUGGUAAGAAAAACGAUGGUUUACUUGGACGAAGGGGUGGAAAAGGUGUAGAUCCAUAUGCAUAUAAAACAUGGACCAAACGCAUCAUUCCAACAAAUUCUGGAUGGGACAUACAUCCAAGUAUGUUUUAUGGUAAAGAAGAUAGCCCAUAUGAACCGUACAAUGUGCGCAGAGAUAGCCCUGUCGUAUCAAAUAAUUGGGAGAGAAAUGGCGCAGUCGGACCAAAUAAUUGGGAGAGAAAUGGCCCAGUCGGACCAAAUAAUUGGGAGAGAAAUGGCGCAGUCGGACCAAAUAAUUGGGAGAGAAAUGGCCCAGUCGGACCAAAUAAUUGGGAGAGAAAUGGCCCAGUCGGACCAAAUAAUUGGGAGAGAAAUGGCGCAGUCGGACCAAAUAAUCGGGAGAGAAAUGGUCCAGUCGGACCAAAUAAUUGGGAGAGAAAUGGCCCAGUCGGACCAAAUAAUUGGGAGAGAAAUGGCGCAGCCGGACCAAAUAAUCGGGAGAGAAAUGGCCCAGUCGGACCAAACAGCAAAAAAGAUGGUCAAUUUCGACUGUCUAUCUAACGGAAAGAGAUGGUCCACGUCGACUAUCUAACUGAAAGAGAGAUGGCUCAGUCGACCAAAUAACGGAUAAUAAAAGAUACAUAAUUAUGCUGGGAGUUGUUGUCUAAGGUUAUUCCAAUAUAUCAUAUGUCAAUAUAUCAGUCCUAAAUUGAGUUAAUUAAUAGAUAUAAAAGUAAACAAUACAUCAUUUUAUACCUAUUUUUAUGACUAUAGAAACCCAAAGAAAAAAAUGCCUAUCUGUUGACAUUAAUUCAGAUUUGUUAUCAUUGUACAUCAGUGGACGUUUCUAAUUUCAUAAUAAUAAUCAGACAUAUUUUCAUUUAUAAUUUUACAGAAAUUGACUUUAUGAAAUAAUAAGGUAUAAGUAAAUGUUAGCGUGUGUGGUCUAACUUCAAAAGUGGAGUUUGAAAAUGACCUUUAAUUAGCAAUUUUCUUUAUGUUGUUGAUGCAUUUAAAAUAGUUUUCAUUACGAUUGUUUCUUCCUCAAAUCGUUCAAAUCAUUAUUAUAAUUGAUUUAGACUGUCGAGAAAGAAAGAAAUGAUACAGUUAACGAAUGUGUGUCAGGACUGUACAUCUACUUACAGCUUCCCUGUGCACGUAAAAGUGACCAAUGCGUCGAGCUUGUUACUGAUAUACAUGUAUAUACUAAGCUGUAACUAUAACCUCCUAAAUAGAUGGGAAAAUUAUCGGAUUUCUGGAAUAUCUCUUCUGCUUAAUGCUUAUCUAAGCAUGUGUCGAGGUUGUUUUGUUUCAUAAAGAUGAUCACCCUGUGCUCGUUUGAUAUAAAACGUGGAUAUCAAUGUUUCCCCUGGACUGCAAAGGGCAUUCAACACGACAUGAUGUACUUCCAUCGACUGACAAAACACUAGAAUGUGGUGGGAAUCGGUGUCCUGUGGACACAAGUCUAUAAAAAGCAUAUCAUGUAUAACAACCAAACCCCUUGAGUCAUGAAGUUUUAUUUAAAUAUUUGUAAUCAUGUGAUUUUACGUACUGUGGUUAUUUGAGUUUUGGCCUUUGAUUUAGCAAAAAACAAGCAUUUUUAGAUUUGGCAUAUUUAACUUAAAAGUAU